GUAAAUGUCACUUAAUAACUUCUUUAAGUAAAAGUAGUAACUGCAAAAAGAAAAGGAGGAAAAAGAUAAGUAUAAUAAAUUAAUAAAUGAAGAUAGUAAGCUAAAGAGUAAUCAGAUUAAAAACGAAAUAUAUAAUCUGUAUAAUUGAAGGCUCGUGCCUCAUAAAGAAUUGAGACAUUUUAAGAAACAAUGAUGUCUAAAUAAUAUGUAGAAAGUAUGAAAAAUGGAUCAUACCCAUUACUGCCCACAAGCAAGCAUUCAUUUCGAGAUAGAGAAAAAGACAAAGAGAUGGAAAAGCUGGGUGGAAUCUAUCUGAAAACGUAAUUUAUAACAUUUAAUAAUAAUAGAUUCCAAGUAGCAAAAAAUAGAGCUCAAACUGCAUAACAAGAAUUCAGGUCUGCUCAUUUAGCAACAGGCGAGUUUGAUCCAAACCUUCCAACUAAAAAUCAUGAAAAAUGGUUGAAGCCAAAAGACUUAUCAAAACAAAGUGAGCCUAUGAGAUUUGGUUUAAGUUAGAGAACUGAAGUUGAAAGGGUGAAUUAAGAACUAAAAAAGGUUAGUGAACAAUUGGAUGUUUAAGUAAUUCAUAUGUAUCUAUGGUUUUCAAGAAUAAAGACUUGAAAAUGUUGAUUAGACCAAGUUGGAAAGAUGAGCAAAAAGAAAAAUGGUUGGAUAAUCAUACAUUUAACAUUUACCCAUGUUUAUAUGAUGGUCAUAGGAGUGACUACCCUUGGGAACAGCAUCCAAUCAACCUAAAUAAUCAAAAUAACCAAUAUAUUGAUGGUUAUGAAGUAGUUGGAGAUCUUUCGAGAUAAAGAUUCAAAGAAAAAGAGGUACUUUGUUUCUAUUAAUUAUAACCAGCAUAAAAGGAGUGAUUUUAUUUCCACUGUUAAAGAAGAUCAAGUUGGCACUACGAUGCAUAUAUCUAGAUCCCUUAGAACUAUGAAAUAGGAUAAAAUACUAAAUAUGCAAUAGAAUUAUGAUGAAUACUCUAGCAAUAAAUAAAUUGAACAUUAUAAAACUACACUCUUAUAAACUAAAAGUAUAGAUCAUGUUACACCUUAUUAACAUAGUAACAAGUAAAUAACAUACUGAUAUUCUAGUUAUAAAGGCCAUUCUUUACACAAUUUGAGACCACAACAGCCUAACAAACUAUACAGACAAUCUAUUAAUUAUCUAAACCAAAAAGUAAUAACAAAAUAACCUCCCCAACAAGCUGUCAUAGUCUAAAAUCAAUUUCCUUCUUAAGAAGACUAACCAACUUAACAAAUGCUCACAGCAGAUCUAUUUAUACCGAAAUAGAAAUUGACUUAAAUUCAAGAAGUUUCAUAAGUUUAGAUCUAAAGUCAUCACUCAAAUAAUCCUUUUAGUCGAGAAUCCUUAGGUUCAUAAGGAGGAGCCAGAUCUAGAUUCAUGGAUUAAUACAAACAAAAAAAGGCAGACUCUGGAUAAAUGAAAUUGGGGUAUCCUUAUCAUUUAGAGGAUGAUGAGACUACUGCUAAGGUUAUGGUCAAAUAUUUUCAACAAGAACAAAAAUGA